GGUAUAAACCCCAAACCUCUCUGAUAAACCCUAAGACUCGAGAGACGAAUCCCCAUGAGACGAUUCCUGCAGAGAUUCCCCAGUUUAGCGGCUCGCAGUCUCAUCAACCCUCCCACGAUUCUCCGACAUCCAAAGAUCAUCAACCCUCGCGUUGUUGUUCCGUCACUACUCAACCGAGUUACUUCCCGGUUCGCCUUCUUCUCCUCAGAGCCCAACUCGGUCCGUGGCUCGGGAAGCAGCGAAGAGGUUGUUUCUAAAGAAGAGCUGAAGAAGAGGAUACAGAGCUUCUUGGAAGAUGGAGACGAAGAUGCGUUACCCGAUUUGUUCGAGGCGAUGAUGAAGAGGAAGCUAUCGGGGAAGCACGACGAAAGCGACGACGAGGUGAUGGAGGAGGUGCGUAAGUACCCAAUCAACGAUGAUGCACGUAAGAGUGAUGGUGGUGACUCGUCUGAUUCAGAUGUUGAGAGUGAUGAUGACCUGAGCGAUGGUGAUUCUUCUGAUUCAGAUGUCGAGAUUGAUGACCUCAAAGAAGAUAGUAGUGAUUGGUCUGAUGAUUCAGAUGUCGAGAUUGAUGGUGGUGAUUCUCCUGAUUCCGACAUAGAGUUUGAUGGUCUGAAAGAUGUUGACUUGUCUGGUCGUGGUAUAAAGUUUAAUGAUGGUCUGAAAGAUGUUGACUUGCCUGGUCGUGGGAUCAAGCUUAAUGUUCCGAAAGAUGGUGACUUGUCUGGUCCCGGUAUCGAGAUUAAUGGUCCGAAAGAUGGUAACUUGUCUGGUUUCGAUGUCAAGAUUGAUGCUCUAAAGCCUGAUCACUCGUCUUAUUCUGAUUCUGAAAGUGAUUAACUUGACUUGCAUUACAUCCCACUAAUCGAAGAUUUUGAGAGGAAGCAAAUGGAAAUAGAACAACUUUUGAGUUCUAACUUUUGAAUAUAACUAGAGCUUAGAACCUCGUGUUUGUACUUUCUCAGUAGUAAUAAUUUUCUACUCUAAUGAAUUUUUUAUGCAUACUUUUGAAUGUGCC